AUGCCUACUGUAGUUGUAGAUGGCGGUGCGGACGAGAAAAAGGUAUUCCUGGAUGGACAAGAACAAGUACAUGAUUUUCAUUCAGGUCUAGGAGGUAGACAAGCUGAGAAGUCUGUCGAAAAACUGCGAGCCUCUCGUAAAGCGCCAGAUGCAAAAACCGCAGCUCUAUUGGCUGUAGCCUGGAACAAGACUGGCUGUAGCCUGGAACCCACGAGGACUACAACAAGGUCUGCAAUAAAGUCAAGACAGUCUUCAUCAAUA